AUGGCAAUAUAUGCCGUUGGGGAAGGAUGGACAGGAGCAUUGGGCGAAAAAUUCAAACUCCAAACCAUUCCUGGGCACUACGAUGAAGAUGAAGUGAUGUCGGAUUUCCAAGAUGCUAACAUGAGAGGCAACCUUGUUGGUGAAAACGCAGACGAAAAUGGAGAGAUGAGCGGUCCCGUGAUGAUUUAUGCCUAUGACGAUGUUGCUCAAGCCGCUGUUGGUUGGGGAUCGACUGCCUUUUUGGAUACGCAGGGUCAAGUUCAUCAAUUGGGACGACCACAAGACCUAAUGACACUCUUUCGUAUGAAUCGAUUGCCACGAUUCAUUCGCAAUUGGGCUAAUCAAAACAAUGAUCCUAGUGAAAUUACUCUUGUUGGAAGAUUGACAUCCAAGUUGAUUGGUCUCGCAUCGGGUGGAGACGAGGGUGAAAUCUGGUCAACCGCCAGAGACUUGUCCUUAUUGAAAGAAUGGACCAAAGUGGAUUAUAGCAAAACAGAUGAGACGAGUAGCAAGGCAAGUCAGCCAGUUGGGGAUACGGUCAUGGCAAAAAUAACAUGCAGUGUAGGCGUCACGCUCAUGCUUGGGCGUUCCGGCACUUUGUAUGCCACUGGCGUCAACAACCGGGGACAAUGUGGAGUUGGAACCUUGUCUAACAAUGUUUGGGCACCAGUACGAGUCAAAGGAAUCUCAGUAUCAGAAAAGAAGGGCACAGAACAAGAUGAGCAAGAUCAACCAGUGGUAGAAAUGGCCCUUGGCUUCCAGCACGGGUAUGCACUAACGCAAAGUGGGCAACUCUUUAGUUGGGGCAAGGGAUCACGAGGACAAUUGGGCCGAGAGAUGGAUGCGGAUCAAGAUGCCACCGCGCGGCGGCUGAACCUGGACUUUAAUGUUGUACAAAUUGCGUCCGGAAAUCAUCAUGGGACCUUGUUGACAGAUGAAAACAAAGUUUUCAUUUGGGGCAAGAACAUGGGACGUGUACCAGAAGACGAAAAGUUGUCCAAGAAGAGUGUCGAUGCAGAGGUACCAGAGGAAAUUCUUGGACUGCCUGCUAACAAGAAAGUGUUGCGGAUCUCUUGUGGCUCUCACCAUACGUCCAUUCUAAUGAACGACGGAUCAGUUUAUGGAAUUGGUAUUGCGUCCGACGAAGCUGUCCCGCUGCUAGAUCCGAUUGAGUUGGUACCUGCUGGGACAAUUGAGUUGCCAGUCAAACAAUUUGAGGCUCAUUUCGAUCGAACGACGGUAAUUGACAGUCAAGGACAAGUUCUGCAAUUCCAUCUUUGGAAGGAUGAGAUACUGCGAGAACAUGCUUUCUUCACUCCUGCUUAUGUCGAUACCCUAUUGGACCAAGGACAAAGUAUAGAAGCCCUUCAUCGCAGUUGGCUUCACACCAUUAUUGUAACAAAGAAGAUAUAG